CUCCCCCAGGCUGGGGGGCAUAGGGAUGGAACCCAGCCAGGUGGGAGCCUGGGCCCUGCCCAGCCUCAAAGCUUCGAGCUCAGGAAAUCCGGAGGCAGGGGAGGGGGACAUCGUUGCCACAUUCCCCAGCCCUUUAAGACCCCCAAGGCAGGAAGGCUGCCCGGGCCUCACCAGCUUCCCUCACAGGCUCCUUCCUGGGAGGAAGGGGCUGCCUGUGCCCUCGAAGGCGCAAGGGAGGGUAGGAGGGAGGCUCGGAAGGUGUUGCAAUCCCCAGCCCCCGGGCCUGUCAGAGGCCGAGCCAUUAACGACAGAGCUCGGGGAGAGAAGCUGGACUGCAGCUGGUUUCAGGAACUUCUUCUGACGAGGAGAAGAGAGACCAAGGAGAUCAAGCAGGGUCCGGGCCAGAGGCUCCAACAUGGGGAAACUGAGGCUCGGCUCGGAAAGGUGAAGUAACUUGUCCAAGGUCACAAAGCAGCAGGAUCUUCUCAAAAUAAACCACCAGCAUGCAAUUCCUCAUCUCAGGUUCUGCUCUCUGAAGGGAGCCCGGCUUAGAUAGCUGGGAAGGGUGAAGAAUGCUGUUCCUCACUGUUCCUUUCCCUGCUCUUUCCUGGAAGUCCCAUGAAGUAUAGGCUGCUGUUACUUCCAUUUUGCAAAGGAACUAAGGCUCAGAGAAGUCAAGCAACCUAGUCAAAGCUGCACAGUGACAGACAAGGAUUAAGAUCAGCUCUGACUCCAAAGCCCAUGGUCUUAAACAAACCUCCUGCCUCCAGGUGAACAUCAAGUUGGCACUAUGGCAAGGCUGAGAACCUGCAGCCUGACUUGGGCUGCUCUGAUCAUCCUGCUGCUCCCUAGAAGUCUGGAGGAGUGCGGACACAUCAGUGUCUCAGCCCCCAUCGUCCACCUGGGGGAUCCCAUCACGGCCUCCUGCAUCAUCAAGCAGAACUGCAGCCAUCUGGACCUGGAGCCACAGAUUCUGUGGAGACUGGGAGCAGAGCUUCAGCCUGGGGGCAGGCAGCAGCGUCUGUCUGAUGGGAGCCAGCAAUCUACCAUCACCCUGCCCCACCUCAACCACACUCGGGCCUUUCUCUCCUGCUGCCUGAACUGGGGCAACAGCCUGCAGAUCCUGGACCAGGUUGAGCUGCGCGCAGGCUACCCUCCAGCUGUACCCCGCAACCUCUCCUGCCUCAUGAACCUCACAACCAGCAGCCUCAUCUGCCAGUGGGAGCCAGGACCUGAGACCCACCUACCCACCAGCUUCACUCUGAAGAGCUUCAAGAGCCGGGGCAACUGUCAGACCCAAGGGGAUUCCAUCAUGGACUGCGUGCCCGAAGACGGGCAGAGCCACUGCUCCAUCCCACGCAGACACCUGCUGUUGUACCAGAAUAUGGGCAUCUGGGUGCAGGCGGAGAAUGCGCUGGGGACCAGCAUGUCCCCACAACUGUGCCUUGAGCCCAUGGACGUCGUGAAACUGGAGCCCCCCAUGCUGCGGACCAUGGACCCCAGCCCUGAAGCGGCCCCUCCCCAGGCAGGCUGCCUACAGUUGUGCUGGGAGCCAUGGCAGCCAGCCCUGCACAUAAAUCAGAAGUGUGAGCUGCGCCAUAAGCCACAGAGUGGAGAAGCCAGCUGGGCACUGGUGGGCCCCCUGCCAUUGGAGGCCCUUCGGUAUGAGCUCUGUGGGCUCCUCCCAGCCACGGCCUACACCCUGCAGAUACGCUGCAUCCGCUGGCCUCUGCCUGGCCACUGGAGCAACUGGAGUCCCAGCCUGGAGCUGAGAACUACUGAACGGGCCCCCGCUGUCAGACUGAACACAUGGUGGCGGCAGAGGCAGCUGGACCCCAGGACAGUGCAGCUGUUCUGGAAGCCAGUGCCCCUGGAGGAAGACAGCGGACAGAUCCAAGGUUAUGUGGUUUCUUGGAGACCCUCAGGCCAGGCUGGGGCCAUCCUGCCCCUCUGCAACACCACAGAGCUCAGCUGCACCUUCCCCCUGCCUUCAGAAGCCCAGGAGGUGGCCCUUGUGGCCUAUAACUCAGCCGGGACCUCCUGUCCCACCCCGGUGGUCUUCUCAGAGAGCAGAGGCCCAGCCCUGACCAGACUCCAUGCCAUGGCCCGAGACCCUCACAGCCUCUGGGUGGGCUGGGAGCCCCCCAGUCCAUGGCCUCGGGGCUAUGUGAUUGAGUGGGGCCUGAGCUCCCCCAGCACGAGCAAUAGCAACAAGACCUGGAGGAUGGAACAGAACGGGAGCGCCACGGGGUUUCUGCUGCAGGAGAACAUCAGGCCCUUUCAGCUCUAUGAGAUCACUGUGACUCCCUUGUACCAGGACGCCAUGGGACCCUCCCAGCAUGUCUAUGCCUACUCCCAAGAAAUGGCCCCCCGCCAUGCCCCAGAGCUGCAUCUAAAGCACAUUGGCAAGACCUGGGCACAGCUGGAGUGGGUGCCUGAGCCCCCUGAGCUGGGGAAGAGCCCCCUUACCCACUACACCAUCUUCUGGACCAAUGCUCAAAACCAGUCGUUCUCCACCAUCCUGAAUGCCUCUUCCCGUGGCUUUGUCCUCCACGGCCUGGAGCCCGCCAGUCUGUAUCACAUUCACCUCAUGGCUGCCAGCCAGGCCGGGGCCACCAACAGUACAGUCCUCACCCUGAUGACCUUGAUCCCAGAGGGAUCCGAGCUACACAUCCUCCUGGGCCUGUUCGGCCUCCUGCUCUUGCUCUCCUGCCUCUGUGGAACUGCCUGGCUCUGCUGCAGCCCCAGCAGGAAGAAUCCCCUCUGGCCAAGUGUCCCAGACCCAGCUCACAGCAGCCUGGGCUCCUGGGUGCCCACUAUCAUGGAAGAGGAGGCCUUCCAGCUGCCAGGCCUGGGCAUGCCACCCAUCACCAAGCUCACAGUGCUGGAGGAGGACGAGAAGAAGCCACUGCCCUGGGAGUCCCAUGACAGCUCAGAGACCUGUGGCCUCCCCACUCUGGUCCAGACCUAUGUGCUCCAGGGGGACCUAAGAGCAGCUUCCGCCCAGCCCCAAUCCCAGUCCGGCACCAGCAAUCAGGUCCUCUACGGGCAGCUGCUGGGCAGCCCCACAAGCCCAGGGCCAGGGCACUAUCUCCGCUGCGACUCCACUCAGCCCCUCUUGGCGGGCCUCACCCCCAGCCCCAAGUCCUAUGAGAACCUCUGGUUCCAGGCCAGCCCCCUGGGGACCCUGGUAACCCCAGCCCCAAGCCAGGAGGACGACUGUGUCUUUGGGCCACUGCUCGACUUCCCCCUCCUGCAGGGGAUCCGGGUCCAUGGGGUGGAGGGGCUGGAAAGCUUCUAGGGCUUCCUGGGGUUCCCUUCUUGGGCCUGCCUCUUAAAUGCCUGAGCUAGCUGGAGGAGAGGGGAGGGUCCAGAAGCCCAUGACUAAAAACUACCCCAGCCCAGGUUCUCCCCAUCUCCAGCCACCAGCAUCCCCUCUCCCGCCAGUCUCCAUAGGCUGGGCCUCCCAGGCAAUCUUCAUACUUUAAGGACCAGAUCAUGCUCCAUCCGGCCCCACCCAAUGGCCUUUUGUACUUGUUUCCUAUAACUUCAGUACUGUAAACUAGCUUUUGGUUUGGAGUUUUUGUUAUUGUUUUUGGACACUCUUGGGUGUA